UUUAAUCUACUGACAUUUUACUCCUUCACUUAAUCACGUAGUAGGAAGAAUACCAAAUAAAGAAUGUCAACCAAAGAACGCACGAGUAUCACAUGGUAUUCCAAGCAACAUAAAGCAAUAAAGGCAAAGUUAAUCACUUUCAGGAAGGGAUAAGAAAACAGUCCACUAUCUGUUAUAUGGAACCUCGUGGCACAUACAAAAGAAAAGACAAAUCAUUUUCAGAUAGGCUUACAGUCUUUAAGUAAUUUUCAGAGUGAUACUGGUGCCAAAAAAGAUAGAUCUUCCCCUGCUUUGCAACAUCAAUAUACAUAAAAUCUACCACUAACUAAUGCAUCACUUGGAAUCAGUGUCCCAAAAACACAUAAGAAUAUAAGUAACAACCAACCAAGAAAAACAUAAUAACGAUGAAAGAAUAUGAGAGAAUUUUGUUGGAUAUAAAUCAAGAUAAUGUAUAGAUGGAUGUCACGGCAUAACUUAGUUUGCAUCUAACAUACCAACAAAGAGUUUACCUAAACUCUUGGAUCAGAUAGUCAUAGGUUUGAUUUCCGUUAGGAGAGAUCUGUUAUAUUAAGGAGAAUUAAUUUAAUAUAGUUUGUGCCUCAUCGUAGAAGAUGUACAAGAAUUAGGGUCUAGAACCUCAUAGUCACUAAAAAAUUGUUUGCAUCAAACAUCUUUUGGCAUAAGAUAUACUAAAAACCAUAAUAUCUAAGACAGAACAGAUAAAGGUCAGUAUACACCCAACAGGUGUAUAUUUCAAUGCUAAUUCAAAGAUUAGGGAAGCUUCAUGGCUGCUCCAGCUAAAGCUCAUGGGUCCCUAUGAGCAACUAUUGAGGAUUUGAUUUGCCAAAUUUACUGCCACAUGGGUCUACAACUGCAGUAAAUGGUAAGAAGGGCCCAUUCUCAAUAAGAAAGCACACUAAGAUCAUACAAAUUCAGUUGAUAAUCCAUAUAAGGUGCAGACUAAUAAAUAAAACAGUACACUAAAGGGCCUCUACCAAUUCAAAUUUUUUUUGAUUAAAACUAAUUUAGAUUACAUAUCAGAAAGUAUAUGAAACCUUUACCUUUCCACUAUAUAUAUAUGUAGAACCUGCAAUGCAACCUAGAAGAUCUAUCUUUUAUCAUGUCGACUGCAACUUUUUCUCCCACAAUCAAACCAAGUGAGCUCUUCCAAAAUGUUCUUGGAAAAUUUUACUCAAGACGACUACUACUUCAUUUAUCUUCUCAACCACCUACCAUAGCGUCGCCCCCAUUUGCAGACACUCAAGAAGCUUCACUCUCUUAUGCCCACCAUAUGAGCCUUGAUACAAACGUUGUCAUAGUCCUCUCAGUUCUCUUCUUUGCACUAGUUUGCUCACUUGGACUACAUUCCAUCAUUAGAGUGGUGAUGAGGUACUCCAAUUUGUUAUCAUCCGAAGCUAAUAACGAGCUCGCAGUUCGCUUGGCCAACACUGGGGUCAAACGAAAAGCCUUGAAGAGUUUCCAGACGCUAAGUUACUCUAUGGAGCUUAAGCUGCCUGGCCUAGAUACAGAGUGUGCCAUAUGUCUCUCAGAGUUUGUAUCCGGGGAGCGAGUCAAGCUUCUGCCAAAGUGCCACCAUGGAUUCCAUGUCCGGUGUAUAGACAAAUGGCUAAGUUCACACUCUUCCUGUCCCACAUGCAGGCACUGCCUCAUUCAGACUUGCCAGAAGAUAGCUGGAUGCAGUGAGGCGUCCUCAUCACGUAAUCAACCACCACAUGGCAUCAUUAGCGUGGAUAUAGCACCAUUAGGACCAGAAAGAUUGAUACUCGGUUUCUAAAUACAGUCCAAGUAGACUUGGGCGCAGUUAUGUUGUAAAACUUGAUAUAUAAAAUCAGGGUUUAUAUGUAGUUUCAUAUUCAAGAUAGCGUUAUCAUUUCCGCUGUACAGUUUUAAAGAUUAUUAUGACAUGUUGCUUUGUUCACUCAUGAACGUCUGAAAGUGUACAUUUCACAAUAAGACAUCACAAUAUAAGAUUUUUGAGUCA